UCUGACAAAUCUCUCUCGCUCAGCUUACGCCACUCCUAUACUAAUCCCCAAAAAAAAACUCUCACAGCUUUCGUCCCGACCCACUCUCGAUUCCCCUCCCCGAAACGCCGCUCCAGGAUUCAGCCGCGAUCCGAUCGCCGAGGCGACCGCGCCGUCCCGCCCACUCGAUUCGGUCGUGUGCGCGCUAGGAAGUUCGUCCGUCACGCGCCUCGCGGUUUUGUGUUCGUUUUCCCGUUCUGGUUUCCUGUGGCUCGCUCGGUUACCGCUUUUAAUCUUAUAGCUAGCUCGAUCCAUCUGUGUUACUGUGUAGGUAUGUGUGUUCUUCUGAUUGCCUGCGCCCGCAGUAGAUGCUGGUCAUGACUAACUGCUUGAUUGAUGGAUUGCUUGAUUUUGGUUGUGGUGACUAAUUUCCUAAUUGGAUUUAAUCCUGCUCCUCAAUUGGUUCGUUGACUGCUGCUUGAUGUUAUUGAUGUGCAUCCCGAAAAUUCGAUCCAGUUCACUUUAAACCAGUGGCGUGGGUUCCAUCUAUUUACUGGCCACGACUAUUUCUAUUUGGGCGUGUGGGAUCAUGGCUGCACAGAGCAUUAUCAGUAAUUCACACUAGUACCAUGUAUUUAUACAUACGGCCGAUGAAGCGGCAUGAGCUGUGCAAAUGGACUCCUGUUAUUUCAGAAAUUUUGAACUUCGUAGAUCCUAUCAUACGUCCUAUAUUUUUGGAUUGAACUGGCAACUUAUAUCCUUCUUGAUCACACUCGUGCUGUUCUGGCUAAUCCAAAAGUACCAUGGACACUGGGCCACUGCAUUUUGCUUCCUCUCCAUGUGCCUGAAACGGUGCCCCUGUUUUGGUUCCUCAUUCAACUCUCAUUUGUGCUUUUGUUUUCGUUCACCAAUUAAAAAAAAACAGUGGAUAUGCUUGUAAAAACGUGUUGAGGGCUCAUUCUCGAAAAGAAAAAGAAAAACAAGGUUGAGGGGAAACUAUCACUCUUCUAGACAAGUUACCUUCAGGCAUCCUAGUUAAAGAGAGCAUGUCCAGAAGGCAGCAACUUGCCGACUACUUACUUGCUGCGUGCAGCAUUGGUUACUAAUUUUUUUUACUGCUUUGGCACAGAGUUGGGGGAAUUCACUUAUGCAGGUUCUUUCAAUGAUGCUGCUUCACUAGUUACUGAGACGAUCCCUAUUCAGUAGGAAAUUGUAGAUAGGUUACAUUUCAGGUACAAACCACUGAAGUCUUAAUUAGGACGCUGGCUUUCUCAAGAUGUUCUUGAUGGGAGAAUUAGAGGAAGUUUAGUUUAUUUGCGGAUAUUGCACGACUUUAAACCAAUGUUUGGACAAGUUUCUUCCGUUCAAGAUGAAGCCGGUGGCUGCUGGAGAGAACGGGGGGCCAGCACCACGGUAAAACAGAUGCAGAUGGAUCACUGUGUACGAAUUGCUUGGAAAUUCUUCUCUGGAUGGAUAUCAGUUGUGUAAUUUGUUUUCUCACAGCUCACAAUCCAGCUAGUUUCUUCUAGCUGUGACUAUGAGGUUUUUGCUGAUUGGAGCAGUCCGGCGUUGCUUUGGUCUUGUGUCAAUAUGCCUGGUCUUCAGCAGUAUUCAGCAACCAGAACUACAUGCAGUGGUUUCCUCUGUGACUGCAUUCUCUAUUGAGAGUCAUCCUGCUAAAUGCAUAAUACUUGCAGGUAUUUGUGUUGCAUUUGCAACGCGAUAGCUUUUGUGCUACCAAACAGCCGACAUGGGUGCCGUGCAACUCGAGUCUGUUGCUGCUCAACAUGCACAUGCUAAGCUAAAUGUGGAUUCACUUCCUCAAGGCCCUUCGUUGUUUGAUGGAAAUGACACAGCCAGGAUUGAUGGUUCUAAGUCUGAUGAGUACGAAAGAUUUGAGAAGGGAUUAAUGCAGUAUGGAUGUGCGCAUUACCGAAGGAGAUGCCGCAUACGAGCUCCAUGCUGCAAUGAGAUUUUUGAUUGCCGGCACUGCCACAACGAAUCAAAGAAUUCGAUUAAAAUUGAUACUCUUAGGCGACAUGAACUUCCACGCCAUGAACUGCAGCAGGUCAUAUGCUCAUUGUGUGGCACUGAACAAGAGGUACGACAAAUAUGCAUCAACUGUGGUGUAUGCAUGGGAAAGUAUUUCUGUGAAGUGUGCAAGCUCUUUGAUGAUGAUGUCUCAAAACAGCAGUAUCACUGCCAUGCGUGUGGAAUAUGCAGAAUUGGUGGCAGGGAGAAUUUCUUCCACUGCUCAAAAUGUGGAUGUUGUUAUUCCAAAGUGUUGAAGAACAGUCAUGCAUGUGUUGAAGGAGCCAUGCAUCAUGACUGUCCAAUCUGCUUCGAGUACUUGUUUGAGUCGAGAAAUGAUGUCUCUGUUUUGCCAUGUGGUCAUACAAUUCAUGAAAAAUGCCUGAAAGAGAUGAAGGAGCAUUGCCAAUUUGCAUGCCCGCUCUGCUCCAAGUCGGUAUGUGACAUGUCGAAGGCAUGGGAAAGACUGGACGCGGAACUAGCGACUCUGUCAAACUCCUUCGACGAUAAAGUGGUUCGCAUAUUGUGCAAUGAUUGUGGGGCAGUAUCAGAGGUGCAGUUCCACUUAAUUGCACAUAAGUGCCAUAGUUGCAAGUCGUACAACACCCGGCAGAUUUGAAGUAGUGAAGCCCUGGAGGGAUUGUACAUUCUUCCUGGAAGUUGGUGAGAGUGCUACGGCGGUGGAGAUUCAUUCAUCUACGUGAUGUUUGCUGCGAAGGCACAUCACUGGACAAUUUAUCUGCGUCCACUGCAGUUAGCAGCCGUGGUUGUCCUUCAUUAGUUUCUUCAUCGUUUCUGUUAGUUCAAAAAGUGUGUAACAGUUUCCGCGUUUCCGUUCAAGCCUUGCAUAUUUCAGCACAACGUGGCAGACUGGUAGAAUUGUGCUCUACUCGAUUGGCAUCAUUUCCUCGGCAUUGGUCAGGCCUGCAACGGAUAGGAUCUCCUCUCCAGGGAGAGUGGUGUGUGCAUGCAGCAGGCUGUGUGGCGUAGGGUUUAUGGUUGCAAAAUGUCUUGAUCAACAAUUUCAAUUUCAGUGAUCACCAAGUUGGGCUGUGAUUUCCGGGCCUACAUUGUUGCAGCUUUUUCAUUCAGUUUAUUGCAUGCCUUGCCGGUUAA